UGUUACAAAAAGUGUAAUCUUCAUCGAAUCAUUCAAUCUAUUUUUGGCUUCCGAACUUACGGAAAAUGUGGUUCGGGUCAAUUUAGUCCUGUUCGGCCAAGAAAUUCUUGAAAUUCCUUCCGUGAUGAGUCACGCUUUAGCCAAUUUAGCCACUUUCGCAAAUUUCCUAUACUUGCUAUACCUUUAGUGUACAUUCAUGACAUUGAUGUACAAAAUGUACAAGUUGAGCUGGUGUUAUCUCUGCGAUUUUACAUGGAUUUGAGUAAUUUUGUACCAAAUAAAUUGUAUCGUUGAUGAAAUGAAAAGCAAUUCUCUACUGUAAUGUAACUGACUUGUCUGAAAUAUUUGGGCAAUAUGCCUUUUGGUAGUCUCAAAAGAGGCGGGGCCUCAACCGCCACAAAAUCAAAACAGUCGAAAGCUUACCCUAUCCGCAUCACCACCAUGGAUGCAGAAUUGGAGUUCAAUAUCGGGGUCAAAAGUACUGGUAAGGAAUUGUAUGAGCUUGUUUGCCGAACAAUUGGAUUGAGAGAGACAUGGUAUUUUGGUCUACAGUUUGUCACUCCAAAAGGACACCUUGCUUGGUUGAAGUUUGAUAAAAAGGUACUUGAUCAAGAUAUCCCAAAGGAAAGUCCGCUGCCAUUUUUGUUCCUUGCCAAAUUCUUCCCAGAGGACGUAUCUGAAGAGCUCAUUCAAGAAAUCACCCAGCAUCUUUUCUUUCUGCAAGUCAAACAGUCCAUUGUCAAUGGUGACAUCUAUUGCCCACCAGAAGCAUCAGUCCUGUUGGCUUCCUAUGCAAUACAAGCAAAGUAUGGUGAUUACGAUGAGUCAUCGUACCGGCCUGGAAUGUUAUCAAACGAAGAACUGCUUCCUCAGAGGGUCAUGGACCAGUAUCAGCUGACACCAGAGAUGUGGGAAGACCGCAUCAAGGUUUGGUACGCUGACCACAAGGGCAUGACCAGGGAUGAGGCAGAAAUGGAAUAUCUGAAAAUUGCUCAAGACCUUGAAAUGUACGGGGUGAAUUAUUUUCAAAUCAAGAACAAGAGAGAUACAGAUUUGUGCCUUGGCGUGGAUGCACUGGGACUCAACAUCUAUGAACGAGACAAUCGCUUGACGCCAAAAAUCACUUUUCCCUGGAGUGAGAUCAAAAACAUAUCAUUUAAAGACAAAAAGUUCACGAUUAAAACAAUGGAGAAGAAAGCUCCUGGCUUUGAAUUCUUUGCAAAUAAACCAAGGGUUAAUAAACUGGUGCUAGAGUUAUGUGUCGGCAAUCACGAGUUAUUCAUGCGGCGGCGGAAACCGGACAGUAUCGAAAUCCAACAGAUGAAAGCUCAGGCGAAGGAGGAGAAGGGGCGCAAACAGGUAGAGAGGGACAAGUUGGCGAGGGAGAAAGAACUUAAGGAAGAGGCCGUGAAGGAGAAGGAAGAGCUACAGAGGAAGCUGAAUCAUUUACAGGAUGAGUUGAGGCUUGGUCAGGACGCGCUGCGCCGAUCAGAAGAAACUGCUGAGUUGCUUCACGAGAAAGCGCGCAUUGCUGAAGAAGAAGCCAUGUUACUGAAUCAAAAGUCUUCUGAAGCUGAGGCAGAGGUCCAGAGGAUGAAAAUAUCAGCUAUGAAGAUAGAAGAAGAGAAACUCUUGAUGGAACAGCGAGCACAUGAUGCAGAGAUGCUGGCCGCACGGAUCGUCGAAGAUUCUGAAAGAAAUUUUCAUUACAGGUAUCAAGAGCAUGAAAUGUUAAAAGAUGAGUUGAUCAAAGCCAAAUAUGCAGAAAGCGCUGCCAAAGAAAAGCUGUCCCUACUUUCUCAGAGUAGUCAAAUGUCUAGUCUUUACAGUUACAAUCCGCUAGUAUCCGAGUUGACUGACCUUGGCCUCGACUCUGACCUUGUCUCAACCGAUACAGAAGUCACGUGUGACCUGACAACAAAUGGUGACAUGGAUCAGCUGUCGAGAGAAAUCGAGAAGGAAAGGGUCGAGUACAUGGAGAAGAGCAAACACUUACAGGAACAGCUACGCGAGUUGAAGUCUGAGAUCGAGGUGCUCAAAGUCGAGGAGAAACAGACACAGAUGGAUCAAAUACACGAGGAGAACUCUCAGAAAGGAGAAACCAAGUUCACAACACUGAAGAAGAUCCGAGGUGGUACAACGAAAUCAAGAGUCGCUUUCUUCGAAGAAUUGUAAUUUGUCAAAAACUUUCAUGUCUUGCCAAACUAUGCUGAAGUUGACUUAAAGGUAUAGCUCUGUAUGUGUGUUUAUAUUUCACUAUGCAAUAGUCUCACUAAAAUGUGUUCAGUUACAACAAAAACAAGAAAGCGAGCUUGUAUAUUUUUGAUAAUAAUCACAAUGACAUACUUCCUAGGCCGAGUUGUUUUGAAAGAAAGUGCUACGUUUGAAAAUCUUUGUAGUUGAAGGUUUUAUGUGUGUAUGUUUAUGAAUUGUGAAAGGGGAGAAUCUCAGGUUAUACAUGGCUAAGCAACCUCUCUUACAGGGGUGCUGCAGUUGCUAUUUGGUUUUUGAUAGGCUGCAACCCCUGUCGACAGUCCCGCUAAAAAUCCAAGGAAGCUGGACUGCUGCAGUGGAGCAAAUGAAUACACGAUUUGCAGCAUUAUUUACAGGGGUCGCUGUCUGUAAAAAGCCAAAAAGGAACUGAUGUGCCCUGGUGGCAGAGUUUGCGAGGCCAAGAUCUGUGAGUGGUGGUUAAAAAGGACUAAGUCUACUGUGUAGGCAUGAACUUUUGAGGGGAAAUAAUCUUUUUGCAGGAAAUGAUAGAUUGUCUCGGAAAUCCGAGUUUAUACUGGUGCUGACUUUGUCCAAGCUCAAUAAUCUGUUCUUCAACUUUUACUGGGUGAUGCAAACUGCUUUAAUAGUGAAAAGCAGGAUUGCUCUGAUAUUUGAGCGAAAUGAAAUCAUUAUGCUUUCUGUACAUGUGUAUUAAGAUGUAGUAUCGAGAGACAUGAUAUCCUUGUUGUGCCUUUGAAAAAUAGUUUCAGUUUCAUAAAGUUUUACUAUUGCAUACAGGAAUCCAUCCUGAGCUUCAGGUUUUUGAUACUCCUACGUCGUUUGUAAUAGCGAGAGCUGGAGCAUAUGGAAAACCACUGGGUGCCGAGGAUGACAGGAAUCAGGCUAGCUGCUGAAACAAAUUCUGUUCUAUAAAAGCUUGAUGACUUGCAAGGUGAAGUGAUCAUGUUAAACUGAACAGAGCCUUGUGUAUAAUGGAACUUUAUAUCUACAACUGUGUAUCAGUCCACCAUACUAGGUGCCAGAAAAAAUACUGCAAAUAUAUGCAAGCUUCAAUAAUUGAUACAUUUCGUCGUCCACGAGUUAUAUGUUGGCACAUUAUGCAUACCUUAUUAAGUUAGCUAUAAAACCAUGUUGAUUUAAUCAUAAGCUGUUUAAGAAGAUCAGCUUUAUAUCCAUUUUACUUGUAAUCACAUGUUAUUUAUUAAAGCCUUUUAGGAAUGAUUGAGUUUAGAUUUUAGGGUGUUCUAUCACCAAAUGUCUUUUUGUUGUGCACAGGUCUGCUAAUGACAAGAUGAGAAGAUUCAAAAAUAGAAUGCCUAAAGGAUUUUGUUUGCCCAACUGGAAAUUAUGCACUGAUUUAUCUGUGUUAUUUCAUCAUCUGGGGCUAAAAGUACUAUGUGCACAUGUACAUGUAGUUUCUUUUUAUCAACAUGUGACGUCAAUAUCCAGAUGCCCGAAUCAUACAAGUUUAAUAAUUCUAACUUAAUUUUUGGUGGAAGCUGAAAGGUAUUUGUUUGAUUCUGUCUAUGGCUUACUGUCUCUUGGGUGGAUGGCUCAGAGGAGUAUUUACAGUUACAACAACAUUUGGUGUUAUGUGGCUGAUGUGAUCUGUUAGGUGCAACACGUACCGUAGUUCAUUUGUCUGCCAACCAUAAAAACCUAGUGCAUAUUACAACAAUUGUUAAAAAGUGAAUGGACACCAACACCAACUUCCUAACUUAUUUUGAAAAUACAUAAGUAUUUCAAAAUAUGAUUUGAAAUAGUUUGAGGUAACUGUACGCAUAAACAACAAACACUUGGUGUCUUGAUCUUUUGAACAAGACUGUACAUGUGAAUAGAUUUAUAUAUAUUUGAGUCUUUCUCGAUUAUCCAGAGGAAAGUUUUAUCUUAGUUCUUCUAAAUUGUAUUUUUAAAA